AUCUAUUGACCUCAUUUUUUUCUAUUAGCUAACUAUUGGUUGUUCAUUCCUUAAUUGGGUCUUAUCUAUUAAGUCACCAUUUCUGACCAAUUUCACCCCUUUGAACCUUCGCUGUCAUUAAAUUUUGCUGGGGUAAGUAUAUCUAACUUAAGCCGUUCCUUUUAAUAAUUUUGCAUUUUCCAAAAUUUUUUUGUUUUUUAUAUUUCAGUUACAGUUAACUUUUAUGGAUACAACUAAUAGCAAUUCCAAUUCUAUACUAAAAUGAUCGACUACGAAUCAUUGAUCGAAUUUGAAGAAUCACUUAGUUCAUGUUCGGACUAUGGGACUAUAAUAUUAAGAAAUAAUAUUGAAUUAAGAAUCGAAAGUUUGAGAUAUACACCUGAUUCUAUAGAAUCAGAAGAAGAUGAAGAUGAUGAAGUUAAUGAAAAAUCAUCUAGUAUAUUUUCAAAUAAUGAAAUUACUGAAGAAUCUUUUAAACAAAUAUUUAAUGAAUAUCAUUUUAAGAAUGAUGAGUUUUCAACUUGUAAUAAAUGUGGAGCAUCAUUAGCUCGACAAGAUGAUUAUCAAAAUUGUUGUUUUUCGUAUAUUGAAUUAAAACAACAAAUCAAUACUAAUCUAGAAAGAUCAUAUUGGAUUUCUUUAUUGAAUUAUCCAACUAGAACAAUAAAUACUUUACCAUAUUAUACCCAAUUAUUAUUUUUACAACAAGGUGGUAUACCAAAUCAAAUAAGAUCAUUAGUUUGGAGAAAAUUAUUUUUAUUAUCAAAUAAUGAUGUACCACAAUCAAUAAAAUUUGUUUAUCAAAAUUUUCAACAUUCUUAUAGUUCUGAAGUUUCUAAACAAAUUUCAAAAGAUUUAAGUAGAACUUUCCCAUCAAUUAGCUUUUUUAAACAAGAAAAAGUAAUUGAAAAUUUAUCAACUAUUCUUAAUGUUUAUGCUAAUUAUGAUGUUGAAUUAGGUUAUUGUCAAGGAUUAUUAUUUUUGGUAGGGGUUUUAUAUCAUAAUUUUAAUCAAGAUUGUUUAUUAACAUUUUAUUCAUUAAUAAAUAUUAUGGAAAAUGAACCUCAAUUACAUAAUAUUUUUUCAACAUUUACUAUGGCAUCUACAUUAAAUGAUUGGUAUUUGGAAUUUCUUUAUUUAUUAAAAUCAAUUGAUAUACAAUUAUUUAAUCAUUUAAUUGAAUUUGUUGAAUUUAAACCAUUUCUUUAUCAAUGGUGGUUAUCAUUUAUUGCAUCUCAUUCACCUGAUUCUUCAAUAAUUAAUAGAAUUAUUGAUUUUUGUUUAAUUCAAGGUUGGAAAAUUGGGUUAUUUAAAAUUUCAUUAGGAUUACUUAUUAGUAAUAAACCAAUUUUAAUGACAUUAUCAAAAGGUGAAGAAGAAGUUAUUUAUCAACAUUUAUUAAAUGAAAGUAAAUGGGGUAAUGUUAUAAGUCAAUUAGAUUUAUUCUUUGGACAAUUAUUAUUAUCUUGGGAUGAAGAAUUAUUUCUUAAUUUACAAAAACUUGAUAUUGAACAUAUGAAUGAAAGUGAUGAUGAUCGUUCUAUUCCUAUACUUGAAAAAUUUAAGAAAUUGUCUCUUAGUUUAAGAGCAUCACCAAGCUUUAAUAGGAAUAGAUCUAAUAGUUCAUCUAUUCAUACAUCCAAUCAAUCAGUUAAUUCAUUAUUCUCGGCCAGUCAAAAUGGUAAUUCUUCUAAACAUGAAUUAGAAUCGAUUUAUUCUGAUGCUAGUGAAGUUAGUGAGAAUAAUAAAUCAUUUGCUGAUUAUUUGAAAUUACCAACAUUUAGAAAAAGUAUUAGUAUUGAUAGUGACGCACUUGUUGUUGAGAAUAAUAAUUUAAAAGCAUUAUUAAAAAGAGCCAUGGAAUUAGUUGAUGAUCUGUCAGAGGCAGACUCCUUGAAGGAGGAAAUAAUGAAGGUGAUCUAGGUAGGUAAAUA